GACAGGAAGCGCACUAGCGAAAAUCGGGCGACAAAAUUCUGUCUGCCUGUCAUCAGCAAAAUUGGAAAUAUCGUGGAUUUUCUAUGAUUUUUCUUCGUAAAUCUGGAGCUCUGAACAGAUUGAGGACAUCAUGUCGUCAGCACCAAGUGCAGAGAUUUCGAGGAAAAAUCCCUUGGAGGACUUUGAGUUGCUGCAAAGAAUAGGUAGCGGAACGUACGGCGAUGUUUACAAGGCUCGGAUGACUCAAACUGGAACUCUGUCUGCCAUCAAGGUUAUCAAGAUAGAGCCAGGUGAUGAUUUUACGAUCAUCCAACAAGAGAUCUUGAUGAUGAAGGACUGUCGGCAUCCAAAUAUUGUGGGAUAUUUUGGGAGUUAUCUUAGAAGAGAGAAGCUAUGGAUUGCCAUGGAAUACUGUGGAGGUGGAUCUCUACAAGAUAUCUAUCACAUGACUGGACAUUUGGCAGAAAUACAGAUUGCUUAUGUGUGCCAACAGACAUUGACUGGAUUAGCUUAUAUGCAUACACUUGGAAAGAUGCACAGAGACAUUAAGGGUGCUAAUAUUCUACUGACUGAUGAUGGAGAUGUCAAACUUGCUGACUUUGGCGUCUCAGCACAGAUCACACAGACGAUGGCAAAGAGAAAGUCGUUCAUCGGCACGCCCUACUGGAUGGCCCCUGAGGUGGCCGCUGUGGAAAGGAAAGGAGGCUAUGACUUCCAGUGUGACAUCUGGGCGGUUGGGAUCACAGCUAUAGAACUAGCAGAACUUCAACCUCCUAUGUUUGAUCUACAUCCUAUGAGGGCUCUGUUCCUCAUGUCAAAGAGCAACUUUGUUCCGCCGAGGCUGAAGGACAAGAAUAAGUGGACACCAGUAUUCCAUGCAUUCAUUAAAACAGCACUAAUCAAGAACCCAAAGAAAAGGCCCACUGCCAGUAAACUCCUUCAGCAUGCCUUUUUCCAAGACAACAUAGAUACGCUGACAAAACAGACAAUGAGGCAACUGUUAGAGAAGGCUCGUAAUGUCAACCCAGGCUAUUCACCUAUAGAAGACGAUGAGGAGGAUAGGUUAGAUGAUCAGCCUUUAGUUAAUGUGAAAAAGAGAGUUUCAUCAAAGAGGACAGACCAGAAAGACAGACCUGCUUCAGAAAUCAACAUGGAGUUUGUGAAGAAGGUGAAAGAGGUCCCCAGGUUGCCUCCCGAUGACGAUGUCAUGCUCGGUGAAGGUAACUACCAAGGAGCGCAUGAAUGGAACCCAAGCAGCUCAGAAUCAGAGGGAAGAAAGAGUUUACUCGCUUCUGUUGAGGAAGAGCUACAGAAACGGGGUCAUCAGACCAAUGAUUUCAAAGGGGCUGAAGAGAUCACGGAGGAGGGCAAACACUAUUACGAUAUGUUGGAUGCAUCCUCCGAAAGCGACACAUUACCGCAUGGUGAUCAACCCCCACCUCUACCACCAAAGCAAAAGUCAGUGAAAUUCUCAGUAUCAUCCAACGGAACUGCAUCCAACGCAUCAACGAGAGAAAGUGGGCCUCCGUCGUUACCCCCAACCAAGCCGAACAGACCUGCGCCGAAGAUGAUGAACGGAAGAGCACCCACAACGGAAGGGGAGAACACGGAGGAUAUCGACAACAAACCGCCCAUCGUACCACCGAGGAGGAUACGAAAUGAAUUCCUGGAGCCACCGCCCCAGCAAGCUAGCAACGGGCUUCCCCCAACACCCAAAGUCACUAUGGGAGCUUGUUUCUCCAAGGUUUUCAAUGAGUGUCCACUAGUUAUACAUUGUUCAGCAAGUUGGGUUCACCCAGAAACAAGAGAUCAGUACAUAAUAUUUGGUUGUGAUGAGGGCAUCUAUAUGUUUAACCUCACGCAAAUUCAUGAAGGUGCUAUGGACCAGAUGUUUCCUCGGAAAACAACAUGGUUAUAUAUCAUAAACAAUAUCAUGAUGUCAUUAUCAGGCAAGAACCCCAGUAUCUACCAACACAACCUGGUUGCGCUGGUGGACAAGAACCCCCAUAGGUUUCACAUGCCAAGCAGGUUUGGUGAGAAGCUGCAGAGAAUACCAGACAAACUAGUACCUAGGAAGUUUGCACUAAGUCACAAAGUACCUGACACAAAAGGCUGUACAAAGUGUUGUGUUGUGAGGAAUCCAUACAAUAGUCAUAAGUACUUAUGUGGAGCUCUACCUACAGGUGUGGUAUUACUCCAGUGGUAUGAACCUAUGAACAAAUUCUUACAAGUCAAGGUGUUUGAAUGUCCACUGCCUCCAGAGAUCAAGGUCUUUGAAAUGCUCAUCAAACCAGAUGCUGAAUUUCCUAUUGUGUGUGUUGGGGUAGCAAGAGGGGUGGACAGGUCGCACCUGACGUUCGAUGUGGUGAACCUGAACUCAACAAGCAGCUGGUUCGUGGAGCACCCUCCGACAGAGAAGCUCCUCGACGUCGUCUGCGUGUCCCAGAUCGAGCGAGACACGGUCCUGGUCUGCUUCGACAGUGAGCAUGCAUCGGCCAAGCUCCGCGGUGAAGUGAAGGUUGUUAACCUCAACGGCAGGCCAAGGAACAGCAAGAAACUCCUGACAGAACUCCACUUUGACUUUGCUGUGGACAAACUCGUAGUACUACAAGACAGCGUGCUGGCAUUCCACCGGCAUGGUAUGCAGGGAAGGAGCUUCAGGUCAAAUGAGGUGACCCAAGAGAUCUGUGACAAGAGCAAACUGUUCACGUUACUAGGUCACGAGAAGCUCACCGUACUCAAGAGCCAUCCCUUAUCAGACCCUACCGCACCCUGCAAUAUAUACCUACUCACAGGACACGCGAACAUGAUGUGAACAGCUCCUGCCACAUCUGCAUCAGUGUGUACCUCCGCUAGGCAGGUACAUUGAUGAUGUAAACACAUGUGAAUAUGAUGUGGACAGUUUCUGCCACAUCUACUAUUGUGUACCUCCACUUGUUGGGCAUGUUGAUGUGACCACAGGGCAUGCGAAUAUGUUGUGGUCAGUUCCCGCCACAUCUGCAUUAGUGUACCUCCGCUAGGUUGGCAAGUUGAUGAGGAUAAGUUCCUGCCACAUUUGCGAUUGUGUACCUCCAAAAGGCAGUCAAGUAGAGGACGUGAACAAUUUUUUCUUUGGACGUUCUGCUGCCCUCGUGGAGGUCGGGUGACGUGAUGCAUCUUGUGUGUACCAGGAGAUGGUUCUGUUGCAGGGGAUGAUACGGAUGGACGACAGAAGGGAUGGAUGUCCUCAAGGUUGAACAUCGUCAUGGUUAUGGAAGAAAGGAAAGAAGGAUGAAUUGUUUGUCCUUGUAGCCACUGUGUGUGAGAAUGGAGGAUGUACCAUUUUGCAGCUAGACAGUGCGAGCUGACACCUCUCCUGUGCCCCUGAAGGAAUUCACAUAUGCCCUGGCCUGGAGAAUGCUGGUUUACAGAGCUAUUUGGUGGUCAAGAUAUAUCACCCCCUUCUAAUCAUUACAUUAUUUCAUCAUUUUGAGGUUUUCGUUGAAAGCCCACAAAUUUCCUGCAACUUUUACUGACUUCACAAAUUGUGUCAAGAGUCAAGAUUGUUCGACUGGCUACAGGAAUUGAUAACAGAUACUGUUUUGCAAACCUUAGAUAACCGCAGGAUGAAUAAGAGAGAAAAUAUUGUCAAAUAUCAACCCUAAUUGUCUUUUCUGUAGUAAAUGCAUUAUGUGACAUAUAUUUACAUGAAGGCAUUUUGAUAUACAAAGGUCUAAUUCUGUUGACACAUUUCAUCUUUUCUCACAUUGAAAUGGAUCUACAAUUAUUCUGUUGCUCUAAUUAGUCUGAAAAUUUCAUAUUCAUAUAUACAAAUAAAAGGCAAUUGACCCUUUUCUGAAGAAAGUCAUCUACUCACACAUAUGAUAUUCCUUGAUAUUGAGAAAGAUUUAAUAGUCACAUCCCCAUUGAGAGUUUAUGUUGCUGAUUAAAACCUAAAGCUGUCCAUUGUGUUGUUUCUUUUCUUUUUUGCAUGAAUGCAAGUACCGGGUUUGAAGAAAGUAAAUAUAGAAAUAUCGAAUUUUAACUUUAAUGAUCAGAAAUUCAGGAUAAUGUCCUUCACAAAAAAAAUCUUUUUGACUUUUCUCAGUAUAAACUAGACAAAUAUAUGCCAUACUCACUGGUAUUGCUGCGCAUGACAAAGUCUAAAACUCCUAGACAUCUUGUUGUCAUAAGCAGCAUUGCCAGCGAGUUUCAAGAUAUGAAAUAUUGAAGUUUGACAAAUAACAUCUGUAUAUUUUGCAAGAUGAAUUACUUCAGUGAAUAUCAGCAAGUCAAACUGUGUAUAGUUUUCUUUCUAAUAUGUGGAAGUACUGCUCUAUGCAAGAUGUUGGAAAUAAGUAUGUUUUGCUGCAUGAAGCAAUGUUUUUUUGCUUUCGGAUAGAACAACAGUACGUAUAUGGGAAUACAUUUGUUAUUGUUGAAUACAUUUGUUAAUUUCCCAUUUGUAUUAUGUCUCCAUCCACCAAUUGUGGUGACUAGAGUCAUUUUCCUGUAUGAUUGUAUGAAUGUUUCCCCUUAGUAGGCAAUAGUAUUGAUUAUAACAUGAUGAUAGGGAUCCUGAUCAAAUGAUUGGCUGAUAUCUAUCAUGUGACCGGUCACUUAUUUUUAAAGCUCACAGGCAAUAUGCUAGUGACUUGUUCUAUUACCAGUCAUGGUUUUGAGAUAAAUACCAAGGUCCAAUUUGACUAUCUUUUGAAACAUAAACACAUCCCAUUUUAUUUUGCCAGGGCAUUUAAUUACCCAUGUUUGUUACCUUUGAAACAGUCCAAACGCAUUUGGCUACUCCUCAGACAUGUUGAAUUCAAAAGAUACCUUGUGCGUGAUAUUUCGUUAAUACCCCCGAUUAGUGUUUUAUUUGUAAACCUAUCUCCUGUGGUUUAUUCACGACUGAAACUUUAAAAUUAAUUAAUUUAUUAUAAUUGUUAUUAUGUAAACUGAUUGAAAGAGCUGAUGAAUGAAUGAAGCUGAUAACUGGGCAGUCCGUUUUAUGAUAAUCUGUAGACUAAGGUUAGACAGAAAUGUGAAAAAUAUCACAAUUGUCACUAGCAAAAAAAAAUAGGAACUCAAGGAACUCAUGAUCACACGUAAACAAGUCCUGAAUAUCUGCCUUUAUUCAUGGGGUAAACAUUCAUUUGUUGACAGUAAAUUUUAACCCCCAAUUGUAAGAUUUGUCCUCAAUUUUUCUAAGAGAAAAAAAAUUAAAGGUAUUUGUUGAAAUAUAUAUUGAUUCAUCUUUGCCUUCCAUUUUAUUGUAAUGAUUUCUAAAAAUACUUUCCUACUUUGUUUACAUAUCGAUUACUUAGUCCUAUCUAUGCAUUUUUCAUGAGAAAAUAGUUAUUGUCCUUUGAAAUGGGAGUUUUUAUUGGGCAAUACAAACCACGGCCCUUGUGAUUUUUUUCUUACAAGAUUUUAAUUCAGUUUGUUAAAUGUCUUCCAUUAAGUGCACCAGAAAUGUGUCCACACAAUGUUUCAUAUCUUUUCAAAAUCCCUUUUGUCCAUUAUACACUAUUUGUAAAAAUGACCAUAAGAAUAUUAAAUGACAAAAUACUGAAGUUAUAAACAUUGAUAUUCCUUAUCUAGCAUUUGAUUAAUAAUUCCUCUACAAAAAUUCUAUAUAGGAAUGGGAGGGGGUGGGGGAGAUCAGAUGUAAUGUGAUAAAGAUUUUUUUUCAUGUUUAUAGACUGUUGUGUUAAACACAAAUUGCCUUCAAUUCUUCUUCAUACCCAUCUUUUAUUUCCUACCGGUAUUACAAAUCCUUUUCAUUAUCUUCUAACAUUUUAUUAAUUUAUCCCUUAAAAACUUACAUAUUUGUCUAUGCCUCUUUAGUAAAGAGAUGUAGCUCUGUAUUAUCAAGAUGUGUAUGAAGUAACAUUCUCCCUUUUUCUCUUUUCACUGUUUAGUAAUUUUUAUAAUUUCUUAAAUGCAAUAUUUGUAUAUUUUUGCAUCAGUAAUCAUUGGAAUUUCGUCAAUGCAAACGUGUUUCCAUUUAUAUGGUAGAAUUCCUUGAAUUAAUUUAAUUCUUUCCUUUGAAUUGCAUGGCAUUGACUUUUGUAUGACAUAAUUUACACACUAAUUUUAUGUAUCCAAAACUUUGAAAUAGUGUAGAUUGCCAUUUUGAAAGUCUCUUUGUCUACAUGAAAUGUAAUGAUUAAUUUAAUGUAUAUUACUGUUUUGAUGAAAGUACUGUCGAUUUUGAAUUUUAUGAUAUAUCACAUUUUAACCAGCAGAGCAUUUUCAUAUGUAGUAAAUGUUGAUGAUUUGAUCUUUUUAGAGUAUGACACUGCCAAAUGGUUUGCGUUCUUACUUUAUCCACUUUAAGACAUUUUUUUGUUCUAAGCACUUGCAUAAAAUAUUUCACCAAAGACUUGUUAUUUUGUAUUUUUUUUCCAUCCGUUCCCUCAUGUCUCAGACCAACCUCUUCCCUUACAGUUAUUUUUAAUUUUUUUGCUUUAUGUGUCAAUCUGUUUUGUUGUGCUCUAAGAUGAGUUUUUUGGGUACACAUUUCUAAAUUCUCUUUUAGGGACUUGAACCUUGAAGAGUAAUCCCUUUUAGCAGCUUCAAAGCUAUCCCGGGAUGGAAGCUUUAUAAAUACGAUCAAUUUCACAAACUGUAACUCCUGAGUAUAUGGGUUUUUCAGAAACAUAUGAUUGAUAUCAAUUGUAAGAUUGAUGGUAUCUUAUUUUACAGGGCAACUUAUUGUUCAAAAAAUCAAUAAUAUAUACAAUACUCUCCCACAAGUAUGCAUCAAUGGGUAAUUUAUUUCAAUAUGUGUUUAAUCCAAUAUGCUGGGGUUUUAUUAAUUUCAAGCCUAAAUAAAUAAACGGAAGUGAUGUGCACUUCUCAUAACUUGCUGCAAUUUGCCUUAUUAGAUAUCUUUUUACUUCAAAAUUAUUAUACGUAUGAAUGAUUGUAGGGCCCCCCUCUCAAAAAGUUGCGAUUGAUCUAAUCAACCUCGACUUAGAAAUCCAUCAAUGUCAUAGUUUUUCAUACAGGAUAUUGGGACAGUGUCCAUUUGUAAAUUAAGAAGAGCACACUGGAUUGUCAAAGACAGUGAUGCACACCUUCACACAUAUUCAGAAAACGUUUUUUAACAGACAAAAGUACUUUAAAUUUUGGCAUUGCUGGCUUUCCAUAGUCGGUUAAUUACAUCAAUUGCAACUCUUUGUGAGACAAGGCCUACACUAUUUCAUUAUAAUAAACAUUUUUUUUUUCCAUUUUCAAGUUAGGAUCUGAAAUGGGUAAUGGUACCGACUAAAACAAAAAACCCAAAUAAUACCGACAAAUGAAAUUAUAAACGUACAUGGAGGCUUUUGGUGCACAAAUAGAUUUAUCUAUGUCUAAAUGAAUUUUAUAAUAAUGAAACACCAACUAUUCUUUUACAAAAUGGGCAUUAGAAUUUCAGAGUGUGUUCAGAAUGCUGCAUUUAUUUGAACACGAUGUGGUUAUUGCAUUGGUGGCUUAAAACUGCAUAAAUCGAAUAUUCUCAAAUCUAAUUACAGAAUUCCUCCAGAUUAAUAACUGUUGGAAAUGGUAUUAAGCAAUAUUCUUCAGAGUAUGCCAGUGUACUUUGUGUGGGCACUUUUUUUUUUAUCAAAAACCUUCACACAUUUUAUAAUUACAGUUAAAUUGCAAUUCAGUCUUCUUUUUUGGUAAAUUUUGGUUAAUUUGCACAUCUAUUCUUCAGUGAUUUGCAUACCUAUUCACAUUUUCUUAUCUUAUUACUUUACUUCCUAUUCGAUGUGAUAAAAUAAUACCCUCUCUAGCUUAGCAAGCCCUUCCUAAAAAAUCCACCUGGGAGAGCAUUUCAUGAAACAAAUAGUGAGUGAUUUUCAUUGACUAUAUUGUUAUAAGCUACUGAAAUCCUUGCAUCUGAUUGGCUUAUAGAGCAAAUCUAUCCGUGAAAAACAAUGUAAAUCACUGACAUUUGUUUCAUGAAACACUCCCCGAAUGGUAAUUACUAGAUGUAUGUCUUUAUUUUUGUUGCAAGCGAUAUGGAAAAAAAAAAUUUUUUAUACUCCUGGGUCCUUUAUCAUAAAGACUUGUUGUAAUAACAAAUGCACAAUUUCUAUCACAAAUUUUCUAUUUGCUAAUUGAAGGAUUUCAGUAGCUUUUAACUGUUUUUUUUGUCGCAAAUAUGUUCUUAUAACAAGUUUUAUGAAAUGGGACCCAGGUGUGUGUUCAUGGAAAGAAGUGUCAAAUCUAUUUGAAUAUUCAUAUAAAUGAGAUGUUUGAACCCAUCAGCCUUCUAGUGCUUUGUACAUGCUCGAGUGUAAAUAUCUUGUAAAUGCGGCAUGUACAAUGGCACAAUGUUACAUAUACACAUCAUCAUCCCCUAAUGAUGGGAGUCAUUUUUUAUACUAGUAGCAUUCAAUUGAUUUGAGAUGAUUCGCAUAUCAAUUAUCACACCUUUUCUACAACUUCUUAGUAUCUCACAAGUUAUUCGUAGAUCUUCAUUGGAAGAAGGUGAAAUCUACUAGCCAUAAUGUUUUACACACGCUGGGAAGAUUUUUUUUCUUUUCUCAAUGAAAUAUCUUCCAAACAAUAUUAAAAACUAUUUAUUUGUUCAUAUAUCUAUUUCUUUUCUCUCGCACCAGUUCCCUUUUUUCCUUGGUGUCAUGCUUGAAAUGAAAUAUACAAUAUGCAUAAUAACCAUCAGCCAAUCAAAUUGAAUGAUUUCUGUAGCUUGAAACUGUUAUCGCAAAUUUGUUAUGAUAACAAGUUUCAUGAAACAGGGCCUCAGGGCCUUGUGUCAUGAAUAUUAGUAAUUGAUCGUGUGGCUUAUUUCUAUGAUUGAUUACAUUGAUUAUUGGGUAUAAUCAAUGACAAAAAUAAUCCCCAUGAUCAAUUGUAUAAGCUUUAUAUUAUUGGGCCAAGACUACCAUUUGUUAAUUAAAAAGAAAAACCCUAAUAUUUUAUCUCAGGAUUAUUAAAAUUUAAAUAAAGAAAAAGAAUUUUAAAAAAGCGAUAAUUAGAUGUAAACACAAUUCAAAUAAGUAAUAGUAACAAAACAGUGCUGUAGAAUGCUCAAUGUUGCAUCAUCUUUGUCCAAAAGCUUAAGUAAGAAUUGUCAAAUCUGAACAAAAAGAGAAGAUAAUUGUGAAUUUCAAACUCUUACAAGUACUUUUGUAACUAGUGUAUACAAUGUGGCCAUAGGGGGUGGCUCUUCGCUUUUGUAAUUGUAUUGCAUUUUACACCAUUCAUUAUUAUGAGGAUGCAAUACCAUGAUUGUGGCAUAUGAAAUUAACCAUCCAUUUCUUUGUCGAUAUUUACUUAACAAAUAUAUAUAUGAAUAUAUCUUAUGUGUGAAUAGCUGAAAAAGUAACUAUUAUUGUUCUGUCAUCUCAAUCAGUUGUAUAUACAAGAUUAUUGCUUUAAUCAAAUUUCUUUCUAAUUAAAAGAAGACAAGUUCUGCCAUAAAACAGU